UUUUUCAAUGCCUUGAUUUGGUCAGCAAUAUUUAAGGGAGCAAGUCAGGGUCUUGCUCUACCAGGGUGUAAAGAUGGUAACUACCAAACCUAUCAUUGAGGGAUUCAGUGAGUUUGAAGUAUUUGCACUUGGGACCACUCUAUUACUGGAAGCUCUCCUUGGACUGUUCCUGAAUGUGAUAACGAUUUUAUCCUUUUACAAGAUAAAAGAAAUCCAGACACCAAGCAAUCUCUUAAUAGCCAGCUUGGCUGUAUCGGACACUGGCAUCUGCUUGAAUGCAUUUGUAGCUGCUUUCUCAAGCUUUCUAAGGUACUGGCCAUAUGGAUCAGAAGGUUGCCAGACUCAUGGUUUCCAAGGAUUUUUGACAUCCCUUGCUAGCAUUAAUGCGUGUGCUGCCAUUGCUUGGGACAGGUACCACCUGAACUGCAGCAGGUCAAGAUUACAAUGGAGCAGUACCGUGACUGUUUUGGCAAUUAUCUGGGGAUUUGCUGGAUUCUGGGCUUCUAUGCCAUUAUUUGGAUGGGGUGAAUAUGAUUACGAACCAUUAAGAACUUGCUGCACACUGGACUAUUCUAAAGGUGACAGAACAUUUGUCUCAUUCUUCGUCCCAGUGGCAUUUUUUGAAUUUGUCUUCCCACUUUUCAUCAUGGUAACUUCUUACCAAUCUUGUGCGAAUAAAUUCAAGAAAACUGGACAAGUCAAGUUUAAUACUAGAUUACCUUUUAAGACUCUUUUGAUUUGCUGGGGACCAUAUAGCCUGUUGUGCAUGUAUGCUGUCUUGGAAAAUGUUACUGUCUUGUCUCCAAAACUAAGGAUGCUUCCUGCCAUCCUUGCAAAGACAUCACCUAUAGCCAAUGCCUUCGUCUAUGCUCUUGGAAAUCCUAACUACAGAGGAGGAAUCUGGUCCUUCUUAACAGGAGAGAAAAUUGGAUCCAUUGAAAUGGAUGGGAAACUUAAAUAAGUAAAAUUCAACCAUUCACAGAACAAUCAUUGGAACAUAAACCGACGUGCACACAGAAACUUUAAGACCCAACCUUUAUAUCAAGUUGCUUUCACAGUAGAAGCAUUUUGCCCACUUUACAAACCAAGGAGUUAGAAUGAAUAUACUGGUAGAUUACAACAACACUUGAAUAUGCUAGUACAGCUCUUGGCUCCAGAGAGCCAUAAAUCUAUGUUAUUUACACACACAAACGAAAACAGAAAUCGCUGGAAAAUCUCAGCAGGUCUGGCAGCAUCUAUGGAGAGAAAUCAGUUAACAUUUCAGGUCUAGUGACCCUUCUUCGGAACAGAUUUCUCUCCACAGAUGCUGCCACACCUGCUGAGAAUUUUCAGCAAUUUCUGUUUUUGUUUCUAUUUUCCAGCAUCCGCAGUUCUUUUGUUUUGUUUUAUCCUGUGUUAUUUGCGGCUACUCAGUUGGUCGCAAAUAAAUUAUAUUCUAUAUCCUACUUUUUGUAGUCCCUUUGACAUUUGAACUUCACUUGAUCUGUGGAAUGAUAAGUAGCUGUGGAAAAUUUGUUAGCUGUUUAACUGGAGGAAUGCAAAAUUAGAAAUGCACAACUCAGUUUAAAAAGAAAGUGAAGCUUGUAACAUGAAUAGAUUCAGUCCUUCCUCCCAGGAAGUGCCCUAAUGCAGAAUAUGACUGCAUAUCAACACCAUUUUCAAAAAUAUAUUCUCAGGAACCUGCCAUUUGUGAAGAUCAGAUAAUGACUGCAAAUGGGUCUGAAGGUGAAGCUAUUGAUGGAGAAAUUGUUAACAAUAUACUUAAACAUUAUAGUCAUGAUGUAAUGAUAAGCCAUUGCACUGAAGUAAACAAUUAGCCUUGUA